AAGAUAUUACUAUGUUGUAUAAUAGCAGUCGUACUUACGACUAUGUUGGCAGUUCAAAUGUUAAAGACAGAUCCUGUAUUAACAGAGGAUGAAGCUGUACAAAUAGCUGCAAGACAACAUCAUAAUAAUAAUAACAAUAAUAAUAAGAAUAAUAAGAAUAAUAGGAAUAGAGAAGAUGAAGUAGAUAUAGCAUUGGACAAUGAGGAUGAACCAUCAUAUUAUGCAAGGAUUGGUCAGAAAUUGAUAAAGGGCGAGGCAAAUGAAAAGCCAAUGACAGAGGCUGAACAGUUGCGUCUGAAUAGGGAAAAGGCACUGCGGUCAAAGGCAAACGAUAUUGAACGUCCGAUAUUGUUGGAAAAGGUUCUGAGCGAGGUGGACAAGGAGCGAGCGAUGAUAGCCGUGCUCCAAUCAAAAACCGAGACAUCUAAACUGUUGCCUCAGCACUAUGUGGCUAUUCCCAAACUACCCAGCGACUACCGUCGUCCCAAGCCCAGCCAGGACACCAUCUUGCUGCUCGAGUCAACCUGGAAGCUGGACCCGCUCAAGAACCCCUUCCUGCUGCCCAAGCCACACAUAUUCAUCCACAUUGCCAAGACUGGCGGCUCAUCUCUUGGCAACAUAUUCAAACGAAACGAGCGACGCGCCCAGUUCUUCCACUUCUGGGCUCAUCCAGGCGUCGACGAACUGGAACACAUGUCCACCAAGCUCACCACGAUCUUUGGACACAUUCGCUACGGACUUCACUUCUAUUACGAGGAGAAGAGGCCAAACAGUCUGCCCGCUCGUGAAGAUGGUCUCAACCCAUACUCCUACAUGACGAUGCUGCGCGAGCCAGUGGACCGUGUCAUCUCUCACUAUUACUAUCAUCGUCAGAACAAGCGUGACCCAGGUCAUGGCUUUGCCAUGAAGUACGACCUCCGCGAAUGGAUCGAGCGCAGUGCAGCGGCCAACAACGAGCAAGCAAGAAUGCUCUGUGGUAUCUCCCCUCACGAGUAUUAUGGAAAGGAGAAUGAAACAGAGAUAUGUGCACAUCAUCAUCUUAAAUAUACAUAUAAAUACAUUGGAUUGACUGAGAAGUUCUCAGAGAGCUUGGUAUUGCUGACACAUUACGCAGGUUUCCAGGCGAUCAGAUUCACAAAGGUUAACUCUGGCACUCAACGUGUUAGUGUUGCCGAUGUACCAGAAGACAUUGUCGAGGAGAUCAAGAGACGUAAUCAAAUGGACAUUGCAUUGUAUAACAAGGCCAAGGAAGCAUUCGAGAUGCAGAUCGAUGCAAUUGGUCGAGAGUUUGUCGAGCAUCAAGUAACCGAGUUUAAGAAGAAGAUAAAGAUCUUU